AUGAGCAGAACGGAAGCCAAGCGUGAAGCUCUACGGGUUCGUGAGGCUCGAAAAUAUCGACCGACGCAAAGCCCCAGUGGCCGUCAGACUCGAGAUGUCGCUCUACAUGCUAUGCUACAGCUCAUCCCGUGGCGCCUAUCUGUUGCACGAGCGCUGGUCUCGCUGAUCGACAAAGACCUGCAAUUUACCAUCGCUGAAUCCACAAAAACCUCUGAUAUCGAAGGUGUGAGGCCGCCUUCUGAUCCAGGCGAUGAGCUAUGGCUUGGUUGUCAGGGUAGUCUUAGCCGCGAGGAUACCCUCUGCCAAUAUACCAUGGCCGUCGAAGCACCCCUCCAUGGGUAUGCCGUGUUCCAAGUAGCCGACCUGAUGCACGAGCCUCGCUUUCAGCAUAUUCCCGCCGUUUGCAAUCCGCCUCACUUGCGCUUCUAUGCAGGCACUCCCCUGGUCUCACCCCAAGGAAUAAGAGUUGGCACUCUUUGCGUCCUGGACGAGCAGCCGCAUCCUCUGCUGACCGACGAUGAGCAAAACUUUCUGGGCCUCAUGGCCACCUCACUCAUGCGUCAUCUUGAUUCAGAGAUCGAAAUGCAGCUACAUUCACGCUACACCAAGAUGUCUCGUGGUCUAGCAGACUUGGUAACCCGCGAAAGUGCCUACCUCGGAGAUCAAAAUCUUGAUGAAGAGGAUGAGACCAUGUCAGUCGAGGCUGUUGAAUCACCAGAUGACAGCGACCAGUCAUGGAAUCUGGAUUCAAAAGAGCCGCCACCACCACCAUCGACGUUCGGCUCUGGACCACGUACCUAUCGCAAAGUCUUUACAACGGCCGCUGAUAUCUUACGCCAGAGUUUGGACUCGGAUCUCGCAAUCUUGGCUGAGAAUUUUACAGAUCUAAGGUCGUGGAGCACCUCACAGGAGCUUCGAUUAGGUGUGUCGUAUUCCGCCGGCAAACGACCCUUCAUGGAUGCCGUUUUGUCGUAUCAGCAUCCUGAAGACAUUAUCAAGACGCUCUGUCAUCGAUGGCCCCUCGGCAAGAUUUGGAUACGAGACGACAACCGAAACUUUUUGGGAAUCGACGAUGAUCGUUUCCGCCCUGCCAAUAUGCCUCGAGACCAACGUCGAGGAUCCAUAAGGUCCAAUGACAGUCAACCGGAUGCAGAAGAAUGCGAAUGGCUCAACAAUUGGCUUCCCAAGGCCGAGCAAGUCAUUUUCGUUCCCCUCUGGGACCCAUUGACUACCGACGAGCCUUCAGCUUGUUUUAUUACAUCCCACAAGAGUGCUCCGCAAUUCACCGCCCAAGCCGAAGUGCCCUUCAUACGCGCCUUUCUCAAUAGCUUGAGCGUCGUCUGUGGCCAUCUCACCAUGCGGCUUGCCGAGCAACAGAAAGAUCAACUUCUGUCCAGCAUCUCACAUGAGCUGCGUUCGCCUCUACAUGGCAUCAUUGCCUCGGUUGAGAUGCUGUCAGCCACAGAUUUGAGCCAGUCACAGUAUGAGCUAUGUGAUAGCAUCGACGUUUGCAGUCAGACCUUGCUCGACACCAUGUCCCUUGUCAUGGACCACGCCAUGGUCAACAGCUUCGUGGAAGGACGUUCGAAGAACCCUUUUAGGGAAAAUGCCGGCCCUACUGUUCAUCCUGGGUCAUCUCUUCAUCUCGAGUCUACCUGCAACCUUGCCGCCAUAUGCGAGGAGGGCAUUGAUAUCACCAAAACCGCCUAUGUAAAUCUGGCCAAAAGCACAGGGGUCCAGAGGACCGAUGAAGAACCGGUCGAAGUCGACUUCAGAGCCUCGCGAGCAGACUGGACUUUUAUCUGCUCCCCGGGAAUCAUUCGCAGACUUGUGAUGAAUCUUGUCAGCAACAGCAUGAAAUACACGACGGCUGGCUCCAUCCAAAUCGAGCUCACACAGGACACGAAUGACAACCUGGGCACCGAGGACGAUUCCACGACUAUUGUUCUUACCGUUUCGGACACGGGUCAGGGCAUGUCGAGCGCUUUCAUGAAGAACGGACUAUUCGUGCCCUUCUCCCAAGAAUCGACCUUGGCGCCUGGACUCGGCCUUGGACUUAGCAUAGUACGAGCAUCUGUGGCAAGUCUCGGUGGACGCAUCCACGUUGAAAGUGGGCAGAACCGCGGCACGACCAUCACAGUCAAGUUCCCCGCUAGGCGGCCGUUGUACGGCUACGAAGCAGAGUAUUCCAAGCACGAUCCGAUUGAGCUACGGGCGCUUCAGCAGCCGUCUGGCAAGACAUACCGCAAAUUCGGCCCAACGCUGGCUCGCUCUUUCAGGCAUGCGGAGACUCUGGGUGUAUAUCUGAAAGACUGGUGGCUCUAUCAACGAGUUGACGAUACUACCACAAAAGUGGAUUGGACAUUCGUUGACGAACGCGACCUCGAUCUCGAGUUGCCUCCGUCGCGCUCGUUGAUCGUCCUCACGCACUCUCCACUUACUGACGCGCUGCUCAAAACGCGCAACAGCACAUAUACGUACUUGAAGGUGCCUUUCGGCCCCAAAGCCCUGUCCAAAGCGCUGCAGAUGGCUACCCCGGGCCGGCGAAUCUCUUCAUCAAGCAGCAUCAACGAGGGUGUGAGCAAAUUGCAGCUCUCAUUACCUUCCCACGGGGAGUUCCCAUUCCCAACGAAACAACCUGUAACGACCCCCGCUCCUGAGCCCCCGUCUCAGUUGGCUCAAUCGGAGAUGUCCAGUCGCCCAAACACUCUAACUCUACGCGCUCUGACCAGCGCCAACAUUGGUGUCGCCUCCCCAGACUCUCCUAUCCAUCAACACCGCACCAAGCGCUCCACCGACUACUUCUCUCCACUAAUCCACUCUCACUCGGACGCGGCCGUCACAACCACCUCGUCGCCCGCCCUGCGCAGCGUCUCGGUCCUCUGCGUGGACGACAACCCCAUCAAUCUUCGCCUCCUGCAGACGUACUGUACGAAACUCGGCUUCAGCCGCGUCGCCACCGCCACCGACGGCUUCGAAGCCGUGCAGGCCGUCAAGGAGGCCGCGGAGCCGGGAGACCCGCCCCACGGCUCGCAGCCGUUCGACGUCAUCUUCAUGGAUCUCACCAUGCCCGGCUGCGAUGGCUUUGAAGCCACGAGGCAGAUCCGCUGGUUCGAGCGUGAGCGCAGGGUGCUGGUGCUGGAUGGGGGUAGUGGUGGUGCUGGUGCUGCUGCUGCUGACGAUGAGGACGGGAACAUCACCCCCACGACCGCGGCAGAGGCCGAGGCGGACAAAAGCGUCACCAAUCUGCAGCCGUGGGCGUCGCCCGAAGACGAGCAUGAGACCGCAGGUCACGGGACGAGAACACCGCCGUCGGCGCCCACGGCGUCCACGGCGUCUACUACGGCGGUGGGUGCGGCGGUCGCGGCGGCUGUCGCGGCUAACAUUGCGCCGCUGCGCAGCACGACCGUCAUCGCCAUCACGGCGCUGGCGUCCGAGGCGGAUCAGAAGAAGGCAUUCGCCGCCGGGAUCGACCAUUUCGUCACUAAGCCGUUGAGGUUCAAGGACUUGAAGGCCUUGAUGGGGGAUUUGGGCGUGAUUUAA